AUUCGACCCACUUGAUGUCGUCCGACUUGGUUUUGCCUGGCCAGCCAAUUCCGCUACCACGGGGCCCCGUUCCUCAACUUGCGGGCGGCAUCUACUCCAGAGAUGGUCAUGUAAGAGCAAGCCUUGUCGGUGUGCCGCGCUAUGAAGGAUCUGCGCUGGCAAUACCGCGUACGCGACCGCAUCCGCCAUCGCCUGAUUCCACCGUGCUCGGCUUUGUGUCGCGGCUGUCUCCUCAGCAAGCAGUAUUGUCCAUCACGGUUGUUGAUGGGGUCCCCCUUCCACCGGGCGAAGAGUUCACUGGCGUGAUCCGAGUCCAGGAUGUCAGAGCGACCGAGAAAGACAAGGUUAAGAUCGCUGACUGCUUCAGAGGCGGAGAUGUCGUAAAGGGCUUGGUGAUAUCCUUGGGCGAUGCUCGAAGCUACUAUGUGACCACCGCACGGAACGACCUUGGAGUCAUAUUCGCUACAAGCGAGGCAGGGGUGACAAUGGAACCUGUUUCGUGGCAAGAGAUGCGAUGUCCAAGAACAGGCAGAAUCGAAAAACGCAAGUGUGCAAAACCAGAAGGACUGUAGCAUCUACAUUGCAGCCUUCAUCAGUCCUUUGUUUUAUGUAUCGAUCUGCAUGCCGUUUGUAUUUCUAGAAUGGCUCUAGAGCCAUGACAGUGGACGGCCUCGCCUACCAAUGGACCGCUCUACGUCCGCAUCCCAUGCA